UGGGACCGGCAGCUGGGUCCCCGUCCCUGCUGCAUGUAGCAAUGUGGUGGACUGCAGGCUCCAAGUUCACUCUGGGUCUCCUGCCCCUGCUCCUGCUCCCUCAGCGGGCCUGGGGCCUGGCGGCAAAAGCUCUCUCUCUUUCCUAUAACUUCACCGUCCUCCCUAAGGCCAGCCGUGGACAACCUUGGUGUGAGGUUCAAGGCCAGGUCCAUGAAAAGACUUUUGUUUCCUAUGACUGUGGGAGCCAGGAGGUCAAAUCCUUGAGUCUCCUGGGAGAGGAGGUGAAAGGCACGAGGGCCUGGCAAGAACAGAUGGAAAUGCUGAGAGACGUGGGGUACUUUCUCAGACAGCAACUGCUGGACCUUAAACUAGAGAAAUACACGGACAGGGACCCUCUCCCGCUGCAGGGCAGGAUGCUGUGUCAGUGGAGAGCCAAUGGGCGCACAGCUGCAUCCUGGCAGUUCGGCUUCCAAGGACAGACAUUCCUCCGCUUUGAUUCCAAGAAUGGAACCUGGACAGUGCUUCACCCUGGAGGCAGAUGGAUGAAAGAGAAGUGGGAGAGUGACAGGCAUGUGACUAAGUUCUUCUGGAACAUCUCCAUGGGAGACUGCAGGAGCUGGCUUGAAAGUUUCAUGGUGCACUGGGAGAAAAUGCUGGAGACAACAGGUACCUGAGAAGAGGAGGAGGAAGGGGCAGCUCUCUGGAGAAGAGAGCAACACACCCUACAGUGUGUGUGUGUGGUGUGGGGGUUUGAAAGAGUGAUCCAUCGCCAUAGGUCGGCUCUACCAACCUUCCUUUCUCUUCUCACUCCUGGCAUCUCUUCCUCACUGCACAUGCCUCUUGUCCACUCACCGUGGACUUCUGGCUGACCCCAAACAAGAGGGCAUCCUUUGUGUCCAGACCUUUUCUUCUUACUGUUCCCUCUUCUUAGCCUCACUUUCCUUUUGCAUCUCAACUGGUUUAUUUCUGGAAACCCCUCAAUCCCACCCCAAAUGUCAGCUCCUGAGAGGACUUCUCUCCCACCACCCUCAGGUGUCACCUCCUCCUCUGUCACAGCAGCAGUGAUUGGUGACAUUGUAACUCUUGUUUCUUUCAUUAGCUGGCUGAGCCCCUUGGGAACAGGGCCCAUCUCCUCUCUCUUCCUACCUCAGGGCCUGUCACAGCAGCUGCCACAAGUAGAGGGGGAGAAAAUGUCCGCAUUGUAGGUGUCUGGGGCAGCAGGGG